UCCUCGCUCAUUGUCUGUGAGACAUGUGUUUCUGUAGUUGCCACCUCCGUUAUGAUGGUGCCUUGUGCUUGUGUAUACUGUCUGCUGUUGUAGAUACCACAAAAAGCCUAAAAGAUGAAAUUGAGUCUGUUUUGCUGGAGCGGAUUAUGGUUUUGGAUGGAGGAAUGGGAACCAUGAUCCAGCAGCACGCGCUGUUGGAAGAGGACUUCCGAGGGCAAGAAUUUCAAGAUCAUCCCAAACCUCUAAAAGGCAACAAUGAUCUUCUGAGUAUAACUCAGCCUGACAUCAUCUAUAAAAUUCACAAGGAGUAUUUGCUGUCAGGUGCUGAUAUCAUUGAAACGAAUACUUUCAGCAGCACCAGAGUUGCACAGGCUGACUAUGGACUGGAGGAUUUGGUUUAUCGGUUAAACAGAAUCUCAGCGCAGGUGGCCAGAAAAGCGGCUGAUGAUGUAACUGCUCUUACAGGGUGUAAGAGAUAUGUGGCUGGAGCUAUGGGUCCUACAAACAGGACACUGUCAUUGUCCCCCUCAGUGGAGAGACCAGACUAUAGGAACAUUACUUUUGAUGAGCUGGUUGAAGCUUACCAAGAACAAGCCAAAGGACUUUUGGAUGGAGGAGUUGAUAUCUUGUUAGUGGAAACUAUAUUUGAUACAGCCAAUGCAAAGGCAGCUCUCUUUGCUGUCCGGAAACUGUUUGAAGAAGAAUAUAAACCCAAGCCAAUAUUUGUUUCUGGAACCAUUAUAGAUAAGAGUGGACGCACACUCUCUGGCCAGACAGGAGAGGCAUUUGUCAUUAGCAUAUCCCACUGUGAGCCACUUUGUAUUGGAUUAAACUGUGCUUUAGGAGCAAAAGAAAUGCGGCCCUUCAUUGAAACAGUUGGGAAAUGUACGGCGGCUUUCAUCAUCUGUUAUCCCAAUGCAGGUCUUCCCAACACCUUUGGAGGUUAUGAUGAAACACCUGAAGUGACUGCUGAGCACAUUAAGAGUUUUGCUUUGGAUGGUUUGGUCAACAUAGUUGGAGGCUGCUGUGGUACUACUCCAGCACAUAUCAGGGAGAUUGCUGAAGCCGUGAAAGCAUGUAAACCUCGCGUCCCGCCAUCCUCCUUUUCAGACAGCUACAUGCUGCUAUCAGGUUUAGAGCCCUUCAGGAUUGGACCAUACACCAACUUUGUUAACAUUGGUGAACGUUGCAACGUUGCAGGAUCCAGGAAGUUUGCUAAGCUCAUCAUGAAAGGCAACUAUGAGGAGGCUCUGAGUGUAGCCAAGGCACAAGUUGAGAUGGGAGCCCAGAUUUUGGAUAUCAACAUGGAUGAUGGAAUGCUGGAUGGCCCAAAUGCGAUGGCCAGAUUUUGCAAGUUAAUUGCUUCUGAACCUGACAUAGCCAAGGUGCCAUUAUGUAUUGACUCUUCAAAUUUCUCUGUGAUUGAGGCUGGCUUGAAGUGCUGUCAAGGGAAAUGCAUUGUGAACAGCAUCAGCCUGAAGGAAGGUGAAGAGGACUUUCUAGAGAAAGCAAGAAAAAUUAAGUUAUAUGGAGGAGCUGUUGUUGUUAUGGCUUUCGAUGAAGUGGGUCAAGCCACAGAAGUGGAAACCAAAGUUGCAGUGUGCACCAGGGCUUACCACCUCCUUGUGGAAAAAGUGGGCUUCAAUCCAAAUGAUAUAAUAUUUGACCCAAAUAUUCUGACUAUAGGUACUGGAAUGGAAGAACACAACCUGUAUGCAGUUAACUUUAUGAAGGCAACAAAAACCAUAAAAGAAACAUUGCCGGGAGCCAGAGUUAGUGGAGGCCUUUCCAAUCUGUCCUUCUCCUUUCGGGGGAUGGAUGCCAUUCGAGAAGCAAUGCAUGGAGUUUUCCUUUAUCAUGCAAUUAAGUAUGGCAUGGACAUGGGAAUAGUGAAUGCAGGGAAUCUUCCAGUAUAUGACGAUAUCCCUAAGGAUCUUCUAACUUUGUGUGAAAAUCUUAUCUGGAAUAAAGACCCAGAUGGCACAGAGAAGCUAUUGCGUUAUGCCCAGACUCACAUCCAAGGAGGAAAGAAGGUGGUACAGACUGAUGAAUGGCGAAAUAGCCUGGUGGAAGAAAGGCUAGAAUAUGCGCUUAUCAAGGGCAUUGAAAAAUAUGUUAUUGAGGACACAGAAGAGGCGAGGUUAAACCAUGAAAAAUACCCCAGACCUCUGAAUAUAAUUGAAGGACCUCUGAUGAAUGGCAUGCAAGUUGUUGGUGAUCUCUUUGGUGCUGGAAAGAUGUUUCUGCCUCAGGUGAUAAAAUCUGCUCGAGUUAUGAAGAAGGCAGUGGGCUACCUCAUUCCUUACAUGGAAAAGGAAAGAGAGGAAAUGAGAGCUAAAUCUGGGAAUAUAGAAGAAGAGGACCCUUAUCAUGGCACAAUAGUGCUUGCUACUGUAAAAGGAGAUGUGCAUGAUAUUGGCAAGAACAUUGUGGGAGUGGUCCUAGGUUGCAAUAAUUUCAGGGUUAUUGAUUUAGGAGUCAUGACUCCAUGUGAUAAGAUAUUGAGAGCUGCUAUUGAAAACAAAGCAGAUAUAAUUGGUCUUUCUGGUCUUAUUACACCUUCUUUGGAUGAAAUGAUUUUUGUUGCCAAGGAAAUGCAGAGAUUAGAGAUAAAGAUUCCAUUGCUGAUUGGAGGAGCAACCACUUCUAAAACACAUACAGCUGUCAAAAUUGCCCCGCGAUACAGUGCACCAGUCAUUCAUGUCCUUGAUGCAUCCAAAAGUGUCGUAGUUUGCUCUCAACUGUUAGAUGAAAAUCUAAAGGAGGACUUCUUUGAAGAAAUAUUGGAGGAAUAUGAGGACAUUAGGCAAGAGCACUAUGAAUCUCUUAAGGAAAGGAAAUACUUGUCUUUGGAACAAGCCCGGAGAAAAGGUUUCCAUAAUGACUGGCUGUCAGAUUGUAAACCAGUUAAACCUAGAUUCAUUGGCACUCAGGUAUUUGAAGAUUAUGAUCUGCAUAAGCUGGUUGAAUAUAUUGACUGGAAGCCUUUUUUUGAUGUCUGGCAACUUCGGGGCAAAUAUCCCAAUCGAGGAUUUCCUAAAAUCUUUAAUGAUAAAGUAGUAGGUGAAGAAGCCAAAAGAGUUUAUAAUGAUGCUCAGAAUCUGCUAAAAACUUUGAUUAAUCAAAAGAAAUUACGAGCCAGGGGCCUGGUAGGGUUCUGGCCUGCUCAAAGUGUUCAAGAUGAUGUUUAUUUAUAUGCAUCAGAAGAGGCAGUGCAGCUUGCAGAACCAAUAGCUAAAUUUUACGGCUUAAGACAACAGGCAGAAAAGGACUCUGCCUGCAUGGAUCCAUAUUACUGUCUCUCUGACUUCAUCGCCCCUUUGGAUUCUGGAGUUCGUGACUAUUUAGGCCUGUUUGCUGUGGCCUGUUUUGGGGUAGAUGAACUGUGCAAAGAGUUUGAGAAACAGUGUGAUGACUAUAACAGCAUCAUGGUGAAAGCCCUGGGAGACCGGUUAGCAGAGGCAUUUGCAGAGGAGCUCCAUGAAAGGGUCCGAAAAGAAUUAUGGGCUUACUGCAACGAUGAACAGCUGGAUAUUGCAGAUCUGCGCAGGAUCAGAUAUGAGGGAAUCCGCCCAGCCCCUGGGUAUCCCAGCCAGCCUGACCACACUGAAAAACUCACCAUGUGGAAACUUGCAAGUAUUAAAGAAGCAACAGAUAUUGGGUUAACUGAAUCGCUUGCAAUGACACCUGCGUCUGCCAUUUCUGGUCUCUACUUUGCUAACCCCAAAUCCAAAUACUUUGCUGUUGGGAAAAUAUGUAAAGAUCAGGUUGAAGAUUAUGCAUUGAGGAAAAACUUGUCUGUGACUGAGGUUGAAAAAUGGCUUGGACCCAUUCUGGGAUAUGAUUUAGGUUAACAAUGUUUUGGAGCAAGCAUCUGUCUCGUUCCAGCUGGCUUGUUUUCCAGAAAAGUGUUGAGCUGGGCUUACAGUCCUGCACCCAUUUGGUGGAUAUUCCCAAUGUUUUUUGAAAUUGUUGUCUUUGUUAUAUUGGUGGCUUAUCUAUUAUUUUGUUUAUUUCUGAUGAAGAAGUUUAAUAUUUAAAUAUGCCCUCUGUUGAUGGGCUGAUACUGAAAUACCCUAUCAAAGGACAUAAUAUAUACAUUUUUUUUUCUUUGCUGAGCACUGUAAUUGGGCAAGGUGUGGCAUGAGAGAGAAGGAUACUAAGGUGAAGGUUUUAAAAACUGACUUGCAACUUAAUCUUGGGAAAAGGUAUUUAUGAUCCUCUUACUGGCUAUAAGUAGCACAGAAUUUGGCUUUUGGCCUUUAAAUGGGUUUAAUUGAGUCAAAAUACAAAAAUGGGGUAAAGAGUGUAUAAUAAUUAACAGACAUCUUGCAUUCAUGGGUAAAGAACAACUUGGAAUCUAUUUUGCUUCUGUUUAGACUUAUUUUUUUCCUGUAUGCAGGAGUAUACCUGAUUCCUAAAACCAGUACUGAAUAAGCUAUUUUGAUUGUGUUUGUUACUAUAACUACUAAAGUAACAUGAUGUUCUGCAACAAUCUCAAAGCCACUUCAUAACCAUGGAGAAUUACAUAAUGUAACUGAGCACAAAACUGGCAGUAUGGGAAUCUUUCUGGCUUCACAUUCUAGCUCAUUCCUGCUGUGACUCAGCAAACCCAAGUAAUCUGUCUGCCUCCAGGUUUGUAAAAUGGGGAUAAAACUUUCUACCUCACAUGAUGUGAGGCUUGCAUAGUGCUCAUACAACCCUUUGGAGCUGAAGAGCACAAGGUAAAUGUGAAGCAUUGCUUAGGACACGCUCAAAAUAAGCUGUUGACUUCAAUGUCCUACUAAUGAUUAAGUUGUUGGGGGUAUGGAUUUCAAAAUAGUGGCAGCCAUACCAUUCUGCACUGAUAAAGAGCAAAAGGCCUUUUGAAAAGACUGCCAUUUUUUUCCUCCGUUGCUGCUUUUGUAAACAAGUAGGCCGAAAAGUGUUACCUGGCAAGGUACUGGAUCUAAUUACUGUGCUUAUUUCUACCUUGGAAAUGUAGACAACGGUUAAGGCUACAAAAUUAGUUUCCAGAUAACGUUUUGAAUGUUGAAUAAGUUAACUGUUUAUAAAUUGUUUUUAAUAACAUUUGGCAUCGGCAUUAGUCUAGCUUGGGGCUGUGUGUCUAAUUGCUAACUUUAAUGAAACAUGGAAAAUGGAGUUCUGCUUUUCUAGGUAUUUUUUUUAACCGUCAAGACACAGCCUGUAUUGUAAAGGAAAAUGCCCUUCUCUAAGUACAUUGUUCAUAACAUGUUAGUAUUUAUCUAGAGGCUUCCCAUAUCUGUCCUCAUCUAAUUUUUAAAAAAACCUGAAAAAGAUGUAUAUGUGAAUUUUAGAAAAUAAAUACUAAGCUCACCCAUUGCAAUAUCCUUGUCAAAUCUCAAGCUUUUGUAAAAUAAAACAAAGUGUCUAAUAUGUCA